GACUCAACACAUAACACGUGCCAGGGACCUUUAUAUGAAUGAGAGAGGAAAGGAUGUAGGAAAAUGAGCACGUGCUCUGGUGGAGGAUUCUGCUUUAUUUAUAUUUUCAUCACCUCACGUUUUAUAUUUUUCCUUUCGCCUUCGCCCUGCCUUUCCUUUGUCCCUCGCGGGGACCCGUCGGGCUCCAUGGUAACGCAGCCGCUGCCUAAGCUAAAGCUAAGUGCUGUUUUGCUAGCAGGCGGCAACAUCAAAGCUUUUUAUACUUUUAGCAAUAAAGCCCUGAGAAUGUGACGUCACGUCAAAUCUACCGACGACCCCCCGCGAGCUGAGAUGAAGAGACCGGAGCGACCCGAGCGAUGUGAUCCCUGUUGAAGACUCCUCCUCCAGAAGACACCAUGCCUGUGCUGAACAUCUGGGAGCUCUCCAUCCCGCUCCCGGCUGUUCUGAUGAUCACUCUGGGUGUUUACAUGGCUGUUCUGUGCAUCGGGCUGUGGAUCCGAUUCUGUCUCAAGGACCGUUGUUCCUCAGACUGCAGGGACUGCUGUCCCAACAUCUCUGUUUGUGAGCGCUGCUUCAGACUGGCUGAAAUGUGCAACUGUCGCCUGCCGACCAUGCGUUCGUGUCUGACCGACUCGUGUCCUGCUCCGACUUGUGCCAAGUGGGACUGUGCCUGCACCUGUCAGCCUCCCGAGUGCGAGUCCUGCAACUGCCUCUGCUUCGAGAUCCGGAUCAAGUAGAACAAGAGGAUGGAGAGUCGUCGUGUCUAAUCCCAGAAGUUCUGCUUUUCUCCACCUGGAGGCGCCGUCUCUGUCCACAGUAAAUUCAGAGACUUGUUCAUUCACUUCAACCUUAAUGUGGUUUUUAUUUUUUAGGCUUUUAUUUCUCAGCGUGUCUAAUCUGCUCUGAAGACAACAAUUUUUAUUUUCUAUUUUUUUAAUGUUCUUUUUGUGGAAUUUGUAUCGUCAGACUUUAAUGUUCGAGAAUGUUGUAAAAGACUGAAGUUGCUUUUUGCUGUGAUUUUAUACAUUUAUAUUUUUCAAAAGUUGUAUUAAAUUCUGAAGAGUUAAAAAUGGAUCUGUCGGUUUACUUUGUUCUCAGAUGUGUAGGGGGAGCAUUGCUGUCAACUGACCUCAGUUCAGUUAGUUCAAUCUGGUUAAGACUUUUGAACAUAAAGACAUAAAAUCACCUGUAUACA